UCCUUGACGCCAUAUUUAGUGCACUUUGUAUUAAAAGCAGAGCAAUUUGAGACGUAACCCAAGUCAAAGCUACAUAAUCAGGCACGAAGAGGCGUUCAGUUACUAAAGUAACUUGCUCUUGAAAAAACAAAUGGAAAACAUGGAGCAGAAAUAUGAAGAAGAAAUUCAACUACUCCAACAAGAGAUAGAGACGUGUGAAGCCGAGCAGAAAGAGUGUUUACGAGCUAUUUCGAGACAACAUGGAGAAACAGUGCAAAAUAUCUUAAAGACGAUCUCCAUCCAAAAGGACAGAGAAGAUGGUGUGAUAAAUAAAGAGCUUUCGAAGCUCAUGUCUGAAAUCAGUGAAAUGGAAAAGGACCUCCGAAGACAGACAGACAUCAAUGGGAUAUCUCUCUCUGAGUGUUGGGUCAAGACACUGGAGAAAAGCAGUACAAAAACUGUACAGCAGUACAGACUUGCUGGUCUCUGUUGGCUUCUUUCAUUCCAAGUUGAGUUUGCAGUGACUGAGAUUCAGGACGGUGACACCAUCCUGAAAAAAGUGACUGACCUCAACAUUAUAUCGGAUGGAGCAGAGUUUAAAGACCUGUGUGGCUUUCAGUCAAGACUUGGUUGAUGUCUGUUCUUGGGG